AUGCGGAUGCUGGUGACGUACCUGACGGAUGUGUGGAAACUGAGUUUGGUUCAUGCUACAAGCAUUGUCAACAUCUGGGAGGGCGCUGCCAAGGCAUUGCCUCUAGCAGUUGCUUUACUUUCUAAUACUUUCUGGUUUAUAGGCCGCGCCCGCGCCCUCAUGCUGUGCAACCUUGCUUACGCCAUUGGUUUGGGGUUGCUUGCAUUGUCAACACCACCACUCCUUGGUCACUCCACGGGCACCUGCACUCAUUACCAGCCAGAAUGCAUUGGCACGACACAAAUGAUCAUGUUCUACACAGCCUUGCCUCUCAUAGCUGUGGGAAUGGCCAGCAUUUCUUUCGUGUUUGCAGCUAUCUCAGAAGUACUAGGAGAAGAACUGACGCAAGAAGAUGUGUACAGAUCUCAUCCUCUCUUGCUAUUUCCUAAUUAUAUUGGUGGUGUUACUUUCUCCUACAUCAAACCAUGGUCUGUCAGAUUCGGGAUUCCAGCAAUUUGCUGCGUUGUAAUAACCAUGUGUUACAUGUCAUUUUGCUGUCUGGAUAUGGCAUUAUUAACUUCCGGAGAUUGGGUCGAAGAGAGCCCCCUCACAAAAGUCAUCAGAGUCAUUGUGGCUUCUGCUUCCAAAGUUUACCAUAAACUUGAUGGCGCGGAGCUUUAUGAGAAGACAAAUACUCCGUCCCUGCCUCGUACUCGCCAGCUCAGAUGCUUAGAUAAGGCUGCCAUCAUAUUGCCCAACAAGAGUCUCGACGAGCAAGAGAACGAUAAAUGGACACUGUGCACAGUCACAGAAGUAGAAGAAACCAAAGCAGCAAUCCUCAUAGCCCCUGUAUGCUUGAGCUUCAUAAUCUGUGGGGUGGUCAUUUCCGUCGGCAACAGUUUCUUCCUCGAGCAGGCAAAUCACCUGAAUCCCCAACUAGGAAAACUGAAAAUUUCUUUCACUCUCCUACUUGUUUUAUAUGACAUGGUCAAAGCUCCACUUUCCAAAAUUAGGUUGCCCUUCCGGUUCGGCACUUCAGUGGCGAUACUGUUCUCCGUGCUAUGCUGCAUAACAGCUGCCAAAGUUGAGAACAGGAGGUUACACGCCAUUGCAACACAUAAUUUGCUUGACAGGCCUGAUGACAGGGUUCCUAUGACCCUGUUUUGGAUGGUGCCUCAGUAUGUUCUGCUAGCUGUGGUCGACUCAUUUCUGGAACAAAAUGUUAAGCUCUUCUUUCAACGUAUGAUCCCAACCUCGUCGUUGUUGUAUCUUAGCUUAUUCACUCGAGCAGUGACUGGAAUUGGAAUCAUGGGCGGGGUUCUCUCAAUUUUUGUGGUUGGUGAGUUGAGUGAGAGAGGAGGGAAAUUGAAUUGGUUUCAGUUUACGUUGAAUAGGAGUCGUCUGGACAAGUAUUACUGGACGCUGGCCGCGUUGAGUGCUGCAAGUCUUGGUUUCUAUAUUUUGUUGUCCUCCUGUUACAAAGAACCACAGACGGAAGCAGAGGCAGAGGCAUCCUCAAGGACGUGA